CCUACUGGCGUGCGCUUGGCACCCGCGCAGGGACCCCCCAGCCCCGGUGUACGGCGGAAGAAACAGGCUCGAGUGGGGCGGGCCAUGAAGGUACUCCUCACUGGGCUGGGAGCCCUGUUCUUCACCUGUUAUUGGGCUGACAACUUUGACCCAGCUAGCCCCCAGGGAGCCCGCGUGCUGCUGACAGGAGCCAUUGCUGGCGUUGGGGAGGAACUGGCACAUCACUCUGCCCGCCUGGGCUCCCACCUGGUGCUCACUGCCCGCACCGAGGCUUUCCUGCAGGUGGUAGGGAACUGCCGGAAGCUGGGCGCUCCCAAGGUCGUCUUCAUCGCUGCGGACAUGGCCUCCCGCGAGGUGCCCGAACGCGUGGUGCAGUUUGCGCUGGACAAGCUGGGCGGGCUGGACUACCUCGUGCGGAACCACCUGGGUGCUGCCCCAGCAGGCACACGGGCCCACAGUGCCCAAGGAACUAGUGGCUCCUGCAGUCACCGCCUCCGGGUGAACUUCCUGAGUUACGUGCAACUGACUUCGUUGGCGCUGCCCAGUCUGACGGACAGCCAGGGCUCCCUGGUGGUGGUGUCCUCGCUGCUCGGCCGUGUGCCCACGUCCUUCUCCAGCCCCUAUUCUGGGGCCAAGUUCGCACUGGACAGUUUCUUUGGCUCCCUGCAGCGGGAGCUGGAUGUGCAGGAUGUGAACGUGGCCAUCACCAUAUGCGUCCUGGGCCUCCAGGAUCGCGCCUCAGCUAAGGAGGGAGUCGGUCCACACCAAGCACUGCUGUCCCAGGGGCCCAAGGCAGCGCUGGCUGUGAUUCGGGGCAGUGCCACGUGGGUCUCCCACGUCUUCUACCCCUGGCGCUUCCACGUACUCUGCCUCCUGCGGGCCUGGCUGCCUCGCCCAAGGGCCUGGUUCAUCCGCCAGGAGCUCAAUGUCACUGCGACUGCUGCUGCCUGAGCUCCUUCAUCUUCUCGGAGAGGACCCUCAUCCAGCCACCCUGAAGGUGGGACACAGAGACACCUUUGAGAGGGUGGCCAUGACCCAAGAUAGCCUCAUCAAUACAGGAAAGGAAAACCGAAAAACUAUUAGCACCCGGAAACAAUGAAAUCUCUGGGUGUGAGAGCAGGGUAUGUGUGCCAGUACCUUGUCAGGGGCCUGGAAGGCAUUACCUCAGUCUUCUCCUUCGUCAUUGUUGACGUGAUUGCUGCUUCUGUUUCGCUGAUGGGGAAACUAAGGCUAGAGAGGUAAUGUGGAAAGCCAGCCCUAGGGGCUCCCUUGGAUCCUUCUGUCUCCCACGUGGAACCACCUGAUUUGUUCUUUCCACUCACUCCUUGCCCUAAGCAAAGGAGAGCCACAAAACCAUCUACCCAAUGGCAGGGUCCAAGGAGGGGAGAAGGGAAGGAGUGUGAUUUGCUUUGUACCCAGCUUCCCUUUUCAUAAUAAAAAUCCUUUUCCCCUUGCACAUCUGUUGUUCAGAUUUCUUGGUCCUUCCAGCAGGCAGGGAAGAGUGUGUGUACUAGAGCUCUCAACCCCAU